AUGCUCGUCUCCCUCACCGUCGGCAAGGUCGACGCUGGCGUGACGGUCCUCCUGACGCCGGACAAACGACUGAUCGAGUUCCCCUCCAUCCUCCUGCCCCCGAACAUUUCAUCUGGUAGCAUCGUCGACAUCACCGUCUCUCAAAAUAACGAAAAAGAAUCGCUCGAAGAGCAAAAGUUUCGCGACCUACAAGAUCGCAUAUUCCAGUCCUUUGGCGCUUCUGAGCCUGCCAACCCCGUUCUCCGCUGUCGCAAUGCCACCCAGACGUCAGUCGUUCUCGAAUGGGACCCAAUAGAGCUCGCCACCGCCGAUUUGAUAUCCCUCAGUCUGUAUCGCAAUUGCCAAAAGGCCGGAAACAUUCCCCGACCGAUGCAGAUGCACAGCACCAAGAUCAGUGGCCUGGCUGUCGAUACAGAGUACACGUUCCACCUUGUGUUGAGGACCACUGCUGGGACACGUAUGAGUGAGAAGGUGACUGUGCGUACGCAUAAGAUGACCGAUUUGAGCGGUAUCACCAUCACCACGGGCAUUUUGCCUGGAGCUCUCAAGGAAAACUUGGGCAAGGCCGUGGAGCGUAUUGGCGCCAAGAUCGUGGACGGGGUGCGCAUCGAUACUACACAUUUUGUAACUACAGAGGGGAGAGGUACAGCUUGGGAAAAGGCCGUUGAGAACAACAUUCCCGUGGUACGGCCGGAAUGGGUGGACGCCUGUGAGAAGAAUGGCCGCAUUCUGGGUGUCACCAAGUUCUAUCUGGAUGCAAUGAGACCCGGGCCUCCUAGUAGCGACACCAUCUCACCUCCGCCAGUUCCUGUCAAGGAUGAGCCCCCAGCCCCCAGCCCCGAGGCCGCGAAGACGACAGAGACGACGGAGAAUGGGGAUGGGGUAGAUGAACCAGAGGCAGAAGCGGAGCAGAAGGCCGAUAAAGAAGCAGAGGAAGAGCCCGAGCAAACGCUCAAGACGCCGUCGCAAGCUGAAGCGCAAAAAAUGAGACUCGAAGACAUGGAAGAGCAAAAGGUUGCCCUGCGCCCAAGCACUUCAAAUCAAGAAGGCGACGCGCCCGAACCACAGAGAGGUGACGACGGCGUAGACAGAGACGUAAAGGAGAAGCCAUCUGGCACACCAGACGGCGCGUCCUUCCAGGAAGUGGAAUUGUAG